AUGGCGGAAGACAAUCAGACCAUCUCGGUGGAUACGAACAUUUAUCAGGCCGGUAGCGGCGGUUAUCUCAAUGACUGGCAAUCGGAAACUAGCUCGAUCGGUUCAUUGAUUUCUCGAGGUUUAAUGGAAAAUGGUCGUCGUUAUCAAACACUCAGCAAGAAAGGAUACUUGAUGCCCUCGGAUGAACAAAUGUUCGAUUCUUAUGAAGCUGGACACCUUGUCGCACUCGUCUUAGAGUCAGACAAGGCAAACCCCCUAUUCCGUUCACCUAUCGGAGAUAGGCCAGCGCAUAUCCUCGAUCUUGGCACGGGCAAGGGUAACUGGGCAAUUGAUGUCGCCGACAUGUAUCCCGAAACAACCGUUCGUGGUGUGGACCUGUUCCCACCCCCUGUAACCUGGAUGCCCCCCAACUGCGUAUUUGAAGUAGACAACGCCCUCGAAGAAUGGACAUGGCAACAACCAUUCGAUCUCGUCCACAUGCGCAUUAUGAUAGGAUCAUUCGAUCCUAGUGAGUGGAACAAACUCUACAAGCGAAUCUACGACAACCUACGCCCCGGAGGCUGGAUCGAACAACUCGAAGCCUGUCCCUGCAUCGAUAGCGAUGACGAAAGUAUACCCGCAGACAGCAUUCUCCGAAGCUGGUUCCCGAACAUGAAAGCAUGCGGCACAGCAGCGGGUCGAGACGUAAUGAUCCUCGACACAAUGGCGGAUUCAAUCCGCGCAGCCGGAUUCGUCGAAGUACACGAGAAGCCUUACAAAUGGCCGAUCGGAGCAUGGGCACGCGAUCGCAGAUUCAAGGAAGCUGGCAUGAUCAAUUUCCAGCACUGGAUGGGCGGGAUGGAAGGGUGGUCUAUGUGGCUCUUGACUCUUGACUAA